CUCGGCUUCAGAAGCAUUUGUAUCGUUCAACCGAGAACGUAACAAAGGUCAGGUAUCCUUGCUGUUAUUGGGUCAGGGACAGUGGCGUUCUCCACAGCUCGGCUCUCGGCAUGUAAUGCAUCUUAUUGACUUGCAUGCCCCAAGAUAUCAUUCCUCUAUUUGAAUAUCAAUUUUCGCAAUGCCAGAAAAGUGGGAAGAAAUAGGAGCCAGGAAGCGUGCGGCUUUGCUCGCUUCUAUUCCAAAGGAAUGGAUUAUACCGGAGCAUCUCAUGCCUCCAGAGAACCAAGUGGACGUCACAAUCUUUCCCAAAGAGUCUGGUUGGUUCACCGACCGGGAGCUUGAGAUCACAGACUGUGAUGCUACUCAACUGGUAAAGCAUCUGGCAAGCGGUGAAUGGAGCUCAGAAGAAGUGACAAAGGCGUUUUGCAAAAGAGCCAGUGCCGCUCAUCAAUUGACGAACUGUCUAUCCGAAACUCUGUUUGAAUCCGCUGUUGCCGCAGCUAAAGAAUGCGAUACAUAUCUCAAGCAACAUAAAAAGCCAAAAGGCCCUCUGCAUGGACUCCCAAUCUCAAUUAAGGACAAUUUCAAUGUUGAAGGCGUAGACACUACAGUGGGCUUCGCGAGCUGGGUAGGCGAUCCAGCAAGUUACAAUUCUACUCUUGUCGAGAUCUUGAGGGAGCUGGGAGCAGUGCUCUACGUUAAAACAAAUGUUCCGACAGCAAUGAUGAUCGCGGAGAGUGUCAACAAUGUUUUUGGCAGGACAGUAAAUCCGCUCAACAGAAAGCUAACCUCCGGAGGCUCUUCCGGCGGCGAAUCCGCGCUUAUUGCCUUCAAGGGUAGUCCUCUCGGUGUUGGAACAGAUAUUGGUGGCUCCCUGCGCAUUCCUGCUGCCUGCACGGGGAUCUAUACGUUGCGACCAUCAUUUGGUCGGUUUCCAACCCUUCGUGCGAGAAGUGGUCUUGCUGGGCAGGAAGCUGUUCAAAGCGUUAACGGACCUCUAGCACGAACUCUACAGGACAUCGAGUUGUUCAGUCGAGCAGUUGUGGGUGCCGAGCCUUGGUAUCAUGACCCACGCUGCGUACCUCUACCUUGGCGCAACGUAGAACCGAAAUCGAAACUGAGGCUUGGUGUAAUGUCUCAUGAUGGCAUAGUAAGACCGACACCGCCUGUAGCAUUGGCGCUUGAGAAUACUGUAGCGAAACUCAGAGCUGCCGGCCAUGAUGUUAUAGAUUGGGCUCCUGAAGGCCAUAAGGAGAUUCUCGAUAUACUUGCCAAAUUCUUCGUAGCAGAUGGAGGAACUAGUUUGCGGAAGAUCCUUGCGCCAGUCAACGAACCAUUUCGUCCCGAGAUGAAGAUGUAUGAAACUGCGAAGGACGAAGGCGUAUACGCAUUAUGGCAAGUCCAUCUUGCACGUGUCGAGCAGCAAAAGAGGUACCUGGACAGGUGGAAUGCUGCUGGAAUUGACGCCAUCAUCUGUCCAACUACGCCGUACGCAUCCGUUGAACAUGGCGACUUCAAAUAUGUUGGCUACACGGGCGUUUUUAACAUCCUGGAUUACUCUGCUGUCUCAUUCCCGACCGGUUUCACAGCAUCAAUUGACCAGGAACCACAUCCACCUGAAGCGUCACUAACAGAGCUCUGUCAAGAUGUGCAACAGAGAUACAAUCCUGAAGCAGUACGUGGAAUGCCCGUAAGCUUGCAACUUGUAGCAAGGAGACUCGAGGAAGAAAAGGUUCUAGCAAUGACUGCAACAAUUCUCGAAGCUUUGGGACAAAACUGAAAACGUAGCAGAUAUUCAGAUUCACAAAACAGUAUCAAAGUCUCUUUCAUUUGACUAAUAUCGCUGAAUGCUCUAUGGGGUAUAAUGCGGCAAAUGAAUAAUCGUUCCAAG